AUGGCAAUGGAACAAUUGUACGGAUAUUUCGAUCCAUCGUACAAUGAGUUACAGGGAUGGAUAGCCGCUAUGAGGGAGUACGUACCAGGGACUAUCCUACUUCUUGCGAUUGCUGAAGACAGUAACAGGAACAUGCUUCCGAUAGCAUUUGCCAUCGUCGAUAAGGAGAACAUGGAAUCGUGGGAAUUCUUUCUUACCAACCUACGGAGUUAUGUUAUUAGUAACGAUAAUAUUUGCAUCAUCUCUGAUAGAGGGAUUGGAUUAAUUGUCGCCAUUAGACGUUCCGGUGUGCCAUGGAGAUCCGUUUACUGCAUCCGGCACAUCGCGGCUAACUUUCAGCGAGAUUAUAAGAAUGCAGACUGGAAGAGACAAGUUGUGAGAAUGGCGCACGAGUUAGAGCCACACAUUUUUCGCCAAAGAAUGACUCGACUUGAGAGCGACAUGGAGGGUCAAACAAACACAUCUUUCCGACAGUGGUUGGCUACCUUAAUGCCAAGAAUGGGUCAACAACAAGUUAACCAAAUGGAGGUGGGACACGUGUUUGUAGAAGAUGUCAGGGAUGCAAUUGCUGCAAACCGUCGGAUGGCGAGGUCAAUGACUGUAGAAGUAUAUUCACGACGUAAUGAAACGUUUCGAGUUACUGAGACUAUCGGUCGUCAACCCGGUAUACCACCUAGAUCCUACGGAAUUGAUCUUCGAAAUAGACGAUGCGAUUGCAGGAGGUUUCAAACACUUCAUUAUCCAUGUGCACAUGUUGUGGCAGCUUGUGCUAAAGUCUCACUCAAUGUAGAACAUUUUAUCGAUGAAGUGUCCACCCUCGGACGCACGUUACGUAUAUGGGAGAACGAGUUCCCCGUGCUUCAUGACCUAUCUACUUGGGAGGUACCUCUGACGACCUUCGAACCUUUUCCAGAUAAAGGGUUACGUAGGAACCCGAAAGGUCGUUCACAAUUAUCCAGAAUCCAUAACGAAAUGGACAUUAGGGAGAAAUUCGACGAAAAGCUGUGUGGCGUAUGCAGAUUAGCCAGUCAUAAUUAA